AAACGUCACAUGAAAGACGUUUGAAAAAGUCAUGCCUGAAAUCGUAUCUCCGAAUCCCGCUAUGGAAAUUGACGAAGCAGUCCUUCGCCAAUCAUUAUUGAUGGUGGAGGCGGCAUUAGAGAAUAAAGAGCGUUUUGUAACGGGUGUGGAUUACCUAUGCGCUUUGAAAGGUGCCUUGGACGAACUUCAGACGAUCUCGAAGAAUUCUUUACUGAACGCUCGAAAUAUACUGCUGUCCAAUUUGGCGACGUGCAACGAACAAGUUAAAUGUUACCAUGAUAAACUUUUGAAUAUCGUGGAGCGUGAACUGUCUGACAUGGAUGACGUUAGAGAAGCCGAUUAUGAUAUAAAUAUGAAACAGAUCCACGAUAAAAUAAGACAUUUGGAGUCGAAAUAUAAACUUUCACACUCUAGCAACAAGUCCAGCGUCAAAUCCGACAUUGAUGAAAAGUAUCCGGAAAAUCUGUCCAGAGAAUCUUUAAUCGACAUGAACAACAUCUCCAGUCUACCACCGGUACCCGAGGAUAUCGUCACGAUGUUUGCCCAUUCGUCCAAGCCAUCGAGAACUUCCAGUUUGAGCUCACUGAAGAACAUGAGGAAGGUGCAGUUGUUCUUGCAAAAGGCCGAAACUUCCGAUGAGGAUGAAAGCAGCGAGAAUGAUGAGAUAUCCAAAUUGGAAUUUGGGGAUAAUGAAGAGAGACGUCUUUAUUUGGCAAAGGCUCAAAAAAAAUUAGGCAAUAUUACUGAAGAAGCCCAAGAUUAAGUUUACAAAUUUGUUUUCAAAACUAUUAUUAAAUAUAUAUCAGCUAUUCAAACA